AUGACUCACCACUACUACUACACAAUUUUUCACAAUGUCACAUUAUACCUGAAGGAGCAAGGGGCAGCAGCGCGGUGCUUGCGGGGCGCCCGGCGCCUCCUGCCCGCGGGCGCACGGCGGGAGAGCUGCGAGCUGGCCCGGCUGGCGGGGCCCGUGUUUGUCGCCCAGCUGCUGGGGUUCCUGAUCAGCGUGGUCAGCUCCAUCUUCUGUGGCCACCUGGGGAAAGCCGAGCUGGAUGCUGUGACGCUGGCUGUAUCCGUUAUCAACGUGACAGGCAUCUCCAUCGGUUCUGGUUUAGCCUCAGCAUGCGACACACUGAUGUCCCAGACGUAUGGCGGCAAGAACCUGAAGCAGGUGGGCACCAUCCUGCAGCGGGGGAUCCUCAUCCUGCUGCUGUGCUGCUUCCCUUGCUGGGCGCUCUUCAUCAACACCGAGCGGAUCCUCCUGCUCAUCCGGCAGGACCCCGAGGUCUCCAGGUUAACUCAGGUCUACGUGAUGAUCUUUAUUCCAGCGCUUCCCGCGGCGUUUCUGUACCAGCUGCAGACAAGAUAUUUACUAAGUCAGGCGAUCAUUUUACCUCAGGUGUUGACGGGGAUUGCAGCCAACGUCCUCAAUGUGGCCAUGAACGCCUUCUUCCUAUAUGCGCUGAAGCUGGGCAUGGUGGGCUCUGCCUGGGCUAACACUGUUUCUCAGUACACCCAGGCCAUUCUCCUCUUCCUUUACGUGUGGUGUAAGAAGAUCCAUGUGGAGACCUGGGGAGGUUGGACCAGGGACUGCCUCCUGGACUGGGGCUCCUUUAUCCAACUGGCAGUGCCCGGCAUGCUCAUGAUGUGUAUUGAAUGGUGGACCUUUGAGAUCGGGAGCUUCUUGGCAGGGCUGCUCAGUGUGGUGGAGCUGGGAGCGCAGUCUGUCAUCUAUGAGCUCUCUUCUGCAGCGUACAUGGUGCCUCUGGGCUUCAGCGUGGCUGUGAGUGUCAGAGUGGGCAACGCCUUGGGAUCGGGGGAUGUGGUGCAAGCCAAGACCUCCUGCAUCACUGCCCUGCUGUGCACAGGAGUCUUUGCUGUGGUGGUCGCAACGUUACUGGGAACCCUAAAGGACGUGGUGGGAUACAUCUUCACCAAUGACAAGGAGAUUGUUAUCUUGGUGUCCAAAGUGAUGAUCAUCUUUGCUCCGUUCCACUUGUUUGAUGCAGCAGCAGCGACCUGUGGCGGCGUGCUGCGGGGCACAGGCAAGCAGAAGAUGGGUGCUAUCGCCAACGCCAUCGGUUAUUACGCCAUCGGCCUGCCCAUCGGCAUCUCGCUGAUGUUUGCAGCUAAGAUGGGGGUGUUAGGUCUGUGGGUGGGGAUGAUCGUUUGCAUCUCUUUGCAAGCCCUUUCCUUCUCUGCUUUAGUCAUGCGCAUGGAUUGGAAGAAAGCUGCAGAAGAGGCUCAAGUCCGAGCUGGACUGAAAAAACAACUGGAAGAUGUGAACUCCAAUGGCACAGCUGCUAACAAAACCUCUGCUGUGGAUUACAUCUCCGUUGACACGGACACCAUGGACACUGUGGUCCUGCCUGAGAGCAUCGUGGGAGGUGAGAGGCAACCUGACCACGAGCUCAUCACACAGGAGGAGCCGGCUGUCGUCCCUGCUCCUCCCGCUGUGGUAUGGAGGGCCCUGAUCAUCCGCCGCGUGCUGGCUGCUGCCACCGCCGUCGCUGUCCUACUGGUGGGCAUACUGGUCCGGCUCCUGACUGGCAAUGGCUAGAACCAGUGACACUGGGGAGCUGUGCAGGAGAGCAUGUGGUAAUGUCCCAGGAGGAUGGUGCGGGGGAAGGAAUUCCCCCUCAGUUCCUUGUAAAGACUCACUUUGCUCAGUUUCUGGUUAACUCACAACGUUUUAUCCCACAUGCAGAGUUCUUAAAAGGGGUGAGGAUGCAGUACCUGGGAAGAAAGUGCUUGAGAGCUGGUCCCUCUCCUGCACUGGACUGGGAUGUCACUCAUGAUAGGCAGGAGUGUAUCCUGGGGCUGGCCUGGGAAGGAGACAGGGACCUUGUGCUGCUGUCCUGCUUCCUACUCCCUGGGGGCAUUUGUCCACGUCAUUUGCUAAUGGCAGAGGCUCUUGCUGCCCACAGCACGUUUCCUCACGCACCAGUCUGUGCCAGCAUCUUGGCAUGGCAGAGCCCGCUCGCUACCGCUGCGGCAGUGCAGAGCAAGGCCGAUUUUGUUGGAAGAUGGUUGACUCCUCUGACUGCUGCCGGGGCGUUGGGCUCUGGCUGCUGGCCCUGCUCUCCCUGCUGCGUGAUGGGCACAGGGCCUAAAGCAACUCUUUGCACUUUUGUAAGGUGGGAUUUUGAUACAAUAAAGUUUUCUGAGUAAAUGUUGGGCUGUUAAUGUGGUGUGAGCAUGACCCAGGUCCUUGGCAUGAGUAAGCUGUUACAGGAGAGAUGUGU